AGCGUAACCGUGAGUGUGAACGCUAAGCCGCUAAUGACAGCAGCUAACGUUACAAUCACUCCGAGUGUUUGGUUUGGAGAGGAAAUGGGCAUAUCUAACCAUUUAUCCGCUGAAUUAUUUUCAUAAAUCAACCAGUUUGGCGUAUUAGGGAGAAUUAUCCAGGAACAACCUUGUCGGGCUUCAAUCGUGACACCGAGCUACUAAGCUAACUAGCUUAGCUCCAGUAGAUGUUGAAGGUAUGAAUUCUCUGGUUGGAUACGGAGUGUCCUCUGAUUCUGACAGCGAUGGAGAUGUGGAGGAUGGAAGCACCUCUGCAGCAGGCUCCACUGAGCAGGUGGGAGAUGAGGCAGCAGCUGUCAGAAAGACCCGCAACUUUUUGCUGGAGUCUGAUUCAGCUUCCAGCGAGUCAGUCGGUGAAUCUGAACCAGAGGACGAGGAUCCAGAGCCCUCGUCUUCAUCACCAGCAGCACAUCUCCAAGCAUCAGCAUCAUCUCCAGCCCGCCAGCCCUCCCUGCCUUCUCCUCCCCAAAGUUAUUCCACCUCUAACAAACUGCCCUCUCCUCCUCUGAACGCCUGCUCUGACAGCAGUGUGUUCGCCAAUCCUUUCAAGGCUCAGGCAGACCAGAAACUCAGCGCUUUGCAGAAACACGUCCCGCUCACAAUGCAGGCCAAACCCUCCCAGAUAGGAGGGAAACGGAUGUGUGUGUCAUACAGAAAAGACGGAAGGUGCAGGUUUGGGAUCAAGUGCAAGUUUGCUCAUGACAGCGACCUUCAGACUCCAGUGAUUCCCAGUGACUGUCAUCUACCUGAGAGUGAGGAAACACCAGCCGAAGCUGUGGGCAGCUCCUGUGGUGGAGGAUCCCAGAACAACCAGAAGGAGAUGAAGGAGGAAGAGUCAGAAGGGCAGCAAGUGAAGAAGCGAAGGGUUGGACUAAGUAACACCUUGAUUCCUCCUAAAAGAGCCAUGAAGCAGUAUGCUAUGCAGAGGGACAGAGAACACAUCAAUAUGUCAUGAUAAAUGUUUUUAUAAAGAGCUACACUGCUGUUCUGGGAGGAAAUGUGUUCUCUGAGCAUAUCUGUGUAGAUGUUGUAAAGUUUAUAGAAUCUACCAAUGGCUCACCUACAGUUACACUUCAGCUCCCAUCUGUGGAAAUGGAAGCAGGGAUUGAACUCUGACCAUAGCACCAAUGGAUGACCCCUCUAACCACUAAGCUACAGCUGUUGAUGAUACACGUGAUGCUUAAAGAUUUCCCCCCACAAUUCUCAAAGAAUCAAUAAAUACACUUCAGUUAAAUGUUAAGAUAUUUAUUUACAUCUUAUAAAUCAACAUUUUUUUGUGGUUGCUCUAGCACACAUCCUAAGUGAGAGAUCAGAGAGGUGCUGACACAUUAGAAAGUUUCUACAUAACUUUGCUUAUCAAAUUACAUUACACUUGAAAGGUUAUUGACAAAUCAGUGACUGUGCUUGCUGUUACUUGUGGUUUCACACGUGAUUUGCAUUCUCCAAGGUCAUCUUUUGGCUGCUUAAAAUGACCCAGGACUCAUGUGAGCGUGACACUAUACAGAUUAUUAUUCGGUUAAAGUCUACUAACAGCAAAGUUUAACAAACAGCUGCACAAAUGCCAUUGACAUUGUGUCUAAUGACACAGCCAAACUCUGAAAUAUGCAUGUUCUGUGACUGUUUACAGGCCUGUGAAACAGCUUUUGCGGUCUGUUCUUUGUCAGAUUUGAAAUGUCUCCACGUUCUUUGUAAGUUUAGAUUAUUUUGCUUAUUCUUCUAACCUUGUCAAAUAAAGAUUUCACAGUACAACUGGA